AUGUCCUUUGCACCGAAUGAGUCUGCUGCCGCACUUUGGAACGAGCGCUCUAUCCUCGCAGGGUUGUUCCUCGGCACUAUUGGCUUUGGCAUACAUUUGACACUUUUUUUCGAAUGCGUCCAAGCUUUGUGCAGCCGUCGAGAAAGCCAGCGCAACCGCGAACUACUCGUCUUUGUUUGCCUCCUAUUCACGCUGGGAAACAUCGGGAAUGCUACCAACAUCAUUUUCGCCCAGAAGACAUUUAUUGACAAUCGCAAUUAUCCUGGAGGACCAAACGCAUUCUUCGUCGAGCAGAGCACCAACUGGUCGGCCGUCGUUUGCAACUCUGUUUACAUUGUCAAUAGUUGGUUCCAAGACGCGUUAUUGGUGUAUCGAUUCUGGAUGAUUUAUAACCGCAAUUAUUACAUUAUCGCGCUUCCAAUCGUAGCAUUCCUCUCCUCAAUGGUUUUGUCUUCCAUCCUUAUUGCCGAGUUGAGCCAACCAGGCAAGACAAUCUGGACGAAAAUCAGUGUCAACUUGGCGAUUCCAUAUUGGUCAAUAUCAAUCUCCAUGACUGUCAUCCUCACCGCACUCAUUGCUGGCCGUUUGCUUUAUAUGCGAUAUCGGUUGCGGCACCUGAUAGGUCGCGCCACUCGAACGACCUAUAUGACUGUUUCGGCCAUGCUUGUUGAAUCAGCAAUGAUUUAUUCAGCAAACGCCUUGGUAUUCCUCAUCAGUUACGGUGUCAAUAGUCCCGUUCAAAACCUUGCAUUGCCACUCCUAGGACAGACACAGUCGAUUGCGCCAUUGCUCAUUAUUCUUCGUGUCGCACGAGGAAAAGCCUGGUCUGGAGACACGACAAAUCAGCUCACCUCGGUUCGUUUCGCUGAAAAGUCUGGUUCUCGUCCAACUUUUCCGCAUGGUGGUUCUACGACGAUAUUAGAAGAAUUGCGCCUCCAGUCAAAGAACGACGGGGAACCAGCGGAGGCCAAUUUGGAAAUGGGAGGAAUGCGAGAUGACGAGACUAUUGAGUUCCGUGUCAAGAGCACUGGACACACAGCACCCACUCCACAGGAAGUGGUCUGA